CGACGGCGAGUAUAAAUGGAGCAGUUCGUCCAUGGACCAGUAUCAGUCAACCAACUUCCAACUCUGAGAACGUUCGUCGUGCACUACCAAACAACCAAAAUCAACAUGAAAUUCCUCAUUUGCUUGGCUCUCUUCGUCGCCGUGGCCCAGGCCCAUGUUGUGGCGCCCGUUGCCACCUACGCUGCCGCUGCACCUGCCCUGACCUAUGCUGCCGCUCCGGCCGUCUACUCGGCUGCCAUUCCUCGUGCCUACACCGCCUAUGCAGCUGCUCCAUCCGUUUACUCCGCCUCGUAUGUGUCGCCAUCUGUCUACUCCGCUUAUGCUGCUCCCGCUGUCGUCUCCACCUAUGGCGCUCCCGCUGUUGUCUCCACGCUCCUCAAGAAGUAAAUCAAUCAAAAAACAACACAAAAAUGUCCCACUACAUCACAUGGAAACUUAAGUU